AUGGACGCUCUCAUCCAUGCGAUCAACACCACUUCAAUAAUUGACCACCAUGCGCAUAAUCUGCUCCUGAGUUCUGACGUAGACGACCAUGACUUCAUGGCGGCCACCUCUGAAGCGACUGGACCAGCUCUCAAGUUUGCCUCUUCGACUCUUUCGCAUCUCCGUGCUCUCAAACAACUUUCCGAAGUCCUCAAGUGUGAACCAAACUGGGAGACCGUUAAGGGCGCACUCAGGAUGAAGAGGAAAGAACCUGGUAACGCCUGGGCCCGAAAGUGCUUUCAAGGAAUCGAAACGGUACUCAUGGAUGACGGCCUGGACCCAUCAAGCGUUUUCCCAUACGACUGGCAUGAUCAAUUGACACGAUCUAAAUGCAAAAGAAUUGUUAGAAUUGAGAAGGUUGCAGAGAAUAUCAUGACCGAUCAGCUUGAACAAUAUCGUGGACGGGCCCCUAGAAAACAUAUCGAAAUUCGGGAACAAAUCAUGAGUCGUUUCACUGCUGCUAUCGAGGAAGCGAUUUCUGACCCUGAGGUUGCUGGCUUCAAAUCUGUUAUUUGCUACAGAGUAGGUCUCAAGAUCCCAGCAUUCAAUGACGAUGCGAGCGUUGUUCCCCUCUCGGUUGAGGAUCUGGAAAGGCUCUCGCGCCGUUUGGAGGACGAAAGAUUGAACCCUGACCUUGUUCAUCUGACGGCGAAAGUAAUAGAGCGCAGCGGAUCAAAGAAACCCUUUCAAUUCCACACCGGACUCGGAGACAAUGAUAUCGAUCUUGGAUUGUCUAAUCCCAGUCACCUCCAACCCUUCAUCGAAAGUUACCCGGAAGUCCGCAUCGUUCUUCUCCAUGCUUCUUAUCCAUUCACAAGAGAGGCGGGCUACCUCGCAAGCGUCUAUAAAAACUGCUGGCUUGACAUUGGAGAAGUCUUCCCCAUGGUCAGUCAGUACGGGCAAGAGAAGGUCAUCGAACAGGCUUUGGAACUUUGUCCGUCCGAGAAACUGACGUGGAGCACUGACGGUCACUGGUUUCCAGAAACGUAUCUCUUGGCUGUUAUACAGAUCCGGGAAGGACUGCGAAGGGUCUUGGGUACGUGCAUCGAGCGAGGGUCUUUGACAAGUACCGAGGCGGUCAAGAUUGUGCAAGACAUAUUGUUCCAUACAGCAAAUCAGCUAUACGAGUUGGAGCUCCCUCUUGUGCCGAUCACUUCUACCGUUUUGUCGGAUAUAAGCCCGUCAAAGGCCUCCUGGACCAAGAACCUUGCCCGACUCCAACCCUUCCUAGACCAAGAGCCUUCCGUCCAAUUUCUGCGGCUUCAAUGGUUAGAUUAUACAAAUACUCUCCGCUUAAGGAUACUACCAAUCAAGCAAGCGCUCAGGAUGUUCAGCGAGGGUCGAUUUGUCGGGAUUGUUGAAGCGGUUCUUGGCAUUCUGCAACCGGAUAUUAUCUGCCCUGGUUUUUCAGCAACGGACGAGUACAUCAUGUACCCUCAAUUUGCCGGUCUCCGCUUAGGGAGCCGCAAAGGGUACGCAACCGUCCAGUGCGAGUUCCAGAGAAGUAAUUGGGAGGAAGUGCCGAGCUGCCCUAGGACAUCGCUUCGUAAACAAAUUGAGAAAGCUGGGACUCAUGGUGUGGAAUUGCUAGUCGGAUUUGAGAUCGAGGUCGUAUUCAUGAGCAAAGAGAUCAAAGACGGUGAAAUCAGCUAUGGCGGUGUUCCAAUAGAUGAGGGUCACGCUUGGUCUAGCGCACGAGCGCUCCACUCAGACGAUCUCAUGGACGUUAUUGAGACCAUAUUCGAGAAGUUGGAGCGUGCCGGCCUGACCCUUGAGCAAUUUCACCCCGAGAGCAGUGCAGGUCAAUUCGAAUUUAUUCUGGGCCCAUUACCUCCCGUACUCGCUGUAGAUGCGCUUGUGGCUGCGAAGGAGAUUAUUCAAUCAGCCGCUGCAAAUGCUGGCAUGCGAGCAACCUUGUUCCCCAAGCCUGCUCCCCAAGCCAUCGGCACCGGAGCGCACAUUCAUAUAUCUUUGACGCCUGCUCAUUACUGGGAGAUGUUCUAUGCGGGAGUUUUGAAGCACCUGAGGGCCAUUGCAGCUUUCUCUUACUCGAAUGACGCCAGCUACGAACGGGUGGCAGACGGCGUUUGGGCGGGCAGUACCUGGAUUGCAUGGGGCACACAAAAUCGCGAGACGCCGCUGAGAAGAAUCGAAGGUUCCCAUUUCGAAAUCCGAUGUGUAGAUGGCCUAUCGAAUCCAUACCUUGUCCUGGCCGCUAUUAUCGGAGCAGGACUGCAAGGCAUCCUAGACGAAGAGCCCUUGGAAAUGAAGGAUUGCCCGAACGACCCGUCAACAAUAACAGCCAAGGAAAGAGAGGAGCUUGGAAUCACAGAACAAUUUCCCGAAAGCAUAAGUGAAGCGCUAAGCUAUCUCGAAGCGGACGAGCAGCUUCAACACGUUCUUAGCAAGCCAGCUGUGGAUACUUAUUUGACGGUGAAGCGAGCAGAGAGCGAGAUGCUGCAGAAGAUGGAACCGGUGAAGAGGAGAAGUUGGCUCAUCGAGAGAUAUUGA